ACGCCACCGGACCGGAGCGGAGAAGACCCGGGUGCUCCGCUCCGCUCUUCGUACGAUACACAAGAAAUCGCAGGAUGGCACGCGGAUAGUCGAGGACACUUUUUACAUUUAUUUAUAUUUUUCGCGGACGCGCGCUCUCGCGAGACAAUUGCGAUGGCGUCGACUUACAUCAAGGACGAGACGGGUACGUUUAUCCCAGCGAGCCAACGACCUGACGGUACGUGGCGGAAGCAACGACGUGUGAAAGAUGGAUAUAUUCCUCAGGAAGAGGUUCCACUGUACGAAAGUAAAGGAAAGCAAUUGGUAAAGAAGCCUUUAUACCCUGUGGGCGCCAGUCCAGAAUUUAUAGCGGAACAUAAAGCCAAGCUGGAGGCUCUGGCGGCGAAAAACAAAGUGAUACCCGGUACGCAAGCGAAAGCCCAAGAGGGAUCUAAGAAGAAGAAGAAGAAGAACAAGUCUAAAGCCUGUCUCGAGCCUGUUGCCGAGGGGUUGUCCAAAAUCACGAUCUCAGAGCCCGAAUUCCACAAGGAAGUUCCAACUCACGGUGACAAGCCGCUGUCUACUGUAAAACAAACUGCAACAAAUAAUGCAAUUAAGGACAAUUUAAACAUCGUGCAGAAAACGACAGCCGAUCCGCAGAAGAGAUUAAAAAAUCUUCGCAAAAAAAUUAGGGAAAUAGAAGUGUUAGAGGAUAAAAUCAAAACUGGUGCUCUGAAAAAUCCCGAUAAAGAGAUCCUUGACAAAGUCGGACGGAAAACGGAGAUCUCCAAGGAAAUAAAACGAUUAGAGGCUGCUUUAUAGAUUAUACCUAAUUGAAACUUUCACACGAAAUUUGCCAGUGCCAUUGAAAAAUGGUGUGACAUUGUAAAAUUUGAUUGAUAACUAUUCUAUUAUAUAGCAAGAGAAAAUCUUUAUUCCUUUCGACAGUUACAUUGCAGUUUUAAUAUUGCAUCUUAUAUCAAUUUUUUAUUUACUCACAGUGUGGUAGUUGAUAAUACUGAUACAUAUAUUUAUGUAUACGGCGAUAUUAUUGAUUAUCGACGAUUCUAAUACUUGAUCAAAAACUUAUACAUGCAUCUAUAUAUACAUAUAUGUAUAUAAGAGAACUUACGAGAAAGUUUUAAUAAAAGACGAAUGGAAUUUUCAUUAAGUGAAUUAUAUCCUCUGCACGUCAUAAUUUAAAUCAGUUAAAAAAAAGAAGAUAAAAUAACAGUUUUAGAUGGAUUUAUAUUAGCAGUCAGGAUGAUAAGAAAUAUGUGUAGACAUCUGUGAGAGUGUUUUAAUGAGAAUUAUUAUGCAUUUAAUGUGAUACGAUAAACGAUCGAUUUAUAAUAUUUAUAGCGAAUAAACUCAAAAUUAUAUAAA